UUAUCAGCUGACGCAAACGUGACACCCGACACGUAGGGCGGACUGGAAAUUUUUAUGUGUUGAAAAAGCGUUCGGAGCUCGUCGCCGGAGCGUCAACAUGGGUAAAAACAAGCAGGCGCAACGGACCAAGAAUAAUGCACGGCCGUCAAACAGCAGUCGUAGCGCGGAACUCCUGGGGACCGCGAUGCCCAAUUUCGUUGGCUUCUCAGCGGUCAAGGACGGAGGCUAUGUUCCUGUUCUGCCCGGUCUGGCCUUGUGUAACCUGAAUGAGGUGGAAAUGAAUAACGUGGAUUACGGCUUCCAAGUGGUACUGAAGAAGAUGAAUAAGAAAGACGCCACUACAAAGUACAAGGCGUUGCAAGUAUUCGCGAGUCUCUGCGAGAACGCCGAGCUGUCGGCGGUGGAAGGCAUGCUGCCGUUUUGGCCGCGACUCUACUGCGUCCUCUCCAUCGACAUCGACCACCGAGUGAGAGAGGCGGUGCAGCUGGCGCACGCGGCCGUCGUGAAGCGCGUCGGCAGAGGCAUAGCGAUGUACCUGAAGCAAUUGGCCGGCGCUUGGUUCACCUCUCAGUACGACACGUACCCUUCGGCCGCCUCGGCCGCGACGAAUUCCUUCAACAGCACGUUCCCACCCUGGAAAUUGGUCGGCGCGAUUGUCCACUGUCAGUGGGAGAUCCUGAUGUACAUCAACGACAACGUGACCGUGCGGACGGCUCAGACGUUGUCGACGCAGAAGUCGCUCACCGGCGAGGAAAUGGAGACGAAGUACCAGCGAGUGCUGGUGUCGAGUCUGCAGGCGUACAGCUCUUACUUCAGGAAAGUUCCUCUCCGCGAGGUCGAGACCACCUCGAGCAUCCACGAGAAGAUCCUGAGCAGCUCGAAGUUCUGGAAGCUGGCGAAACACGACGGCCUGCCGAUCAAGACGGCCUUCUUCAACGCGCUGACAUCGAUCAUGGAGAACGCGGAACGGCUGUUGCGAGGCGAGAAGAAGAGGAUCAUGACGACGAUCAUGAACAGCCUGGACGAAUCCGAGCCCGGGAUCCUGUCCGCCGUGUGGGAGUCGAUGCUCGUGGCCAUAACCAAGUUCGACGACUGGUAUUCCGUCGUGAGCGUCGACAAGCUCGUGCUGCCGAAGCUGUGGCGCGUCCUGCGAUCCGGCGGCCAGUCCUGCGCCGGCAUCGUCUACCCGAAUCUGCUGCCCUUCGUCAGCCAGUUCCCCAAGCUGAGCGCCGACACCGAUCAGCUCUACGUCAACUUCUUCGACAACAUGCGCCAAGGCUUCUCCGUGAAGAGCGUGCAAGUCAGCCGCUCGGAGAUGCAGGCGGUGGUGACGUCCUUCAUCGAGUGCCUGCGUUACUCCGUCCUCGUGAACGCCGAGAACGUGGCUCUCUGCGUCCGGCUGUUCAGGGGCCAGCUCGUGCCGGUGAUAGACGCGUGCAUGAGGGAAAACGCGCCGAUGAGGCAGCUCCUCUUCACCGAGGUCACCCACCUGCUGCGAUACUGGAGCAAGAAUCGCGCGAACGAGGCGUGCAAGUCGUACGCGCCUCUGAUCCGGCAGUUCUGGCUCGAGCUGCGCUUCCUCUUCGACAAGCUGACGGACGCACCGUGGACGGAGACCGCGGCCUCGCAGCCCCUCGAGAUCGAGCUGCUGCUGACGCUGAAGCACGCGCCGGAUCGCGGCCGGAAGAAGCUCAAGGUCAAGUUCUCCGGCCCGGACGACACGAGCGUGACGAGGCAGCCGGAGGCGAAGAGGCCCGCCGAGACGGACCCGCUGUUCAACGCGGAGCUCUGCGAGUUCGUGAACGCCCUCUGCGCGAUUUACUUCAACAAGAUCAACGACCGGCAGUCCACGUCGUACAUCGGCCCGCUCAACGAGAUCAUGAGGCACUUCGCGAGCAAGGAACUGUUCGUCGCGCUCUCCGCGUCGUUCAAAUUCACCAAGGACUUCUUCGAGUUCUACGACCGGAGGCUGCGACCGCUGCUCCUCGCGAAUCCGGACGCGAUGGCGCCGAUCGUCGAGCUGAUCUUCCGCUUCAUCACGUACGUCAGCGACACGGAGAAGGAGAAGGUUCUCAGAUCGCUGGUCGAGCUGAACGACAUCGCGAUUACGCGGAGCGUGAUGCGCUCCAGCCUGUCGAGGAGCAACCGGGAGGACCGCGUGAUCAAGGAAUGGUACACGCGAGCCGACGUGACCGAGCUGCUGGUCGACGUGGCCCGGGAGAUCGCCUCGCCGGAGCGCGACGACCCGGCGAUGAAUCAGAGUCUGAUUCUCCUGGCCUUCGAGACCUCGGCCGGCGGGGAGGCGUUGAUCAACGAGGAGGCGGCGAACGAGAUCGUCUCGAUCCUCUGCGACUCGCUGAGCGGCACCGACGACGCUUGCCCGAUGCGGUUCAUCGAGUUCAUCACGAGCCUGAUGACGCUGAUAUGGAGCCACAAGCGGACGAUCUCGAGCGCCGUGCAGAUCCUGGAGACGCUGUUCGAGCUGUGCACGCGAGGCCACGACGACGGCGACUCGGCCUCCGCCGCUACCGUGCGCGACAGCUGGAAGGAGGGCCUCGUCAAGAGCAGCCGCGAUCUGCCGCCCUCCGACUUCGACGACCUCGUAAAGAGAUGCGCGCUGAUCAUCUGGAGCAAGAUACACAGCGCCCACGUCCGGGAUAUCCUGGUGGACCUGGCGACGGACGUCUUAGAGGUGAUAGUCCACGAGAACGAGCACGCACCGUCGAGACAAGUCGGGGAGACCAUCCUGCUCUUCCUCACGGCGUCCGACAUCAAGCUGUGGGCCGCCGAAGCGACCACCGUCGCGAUUUACGGCGAGAUUGCGACGGGCAGCCUGCACGUGUCCAGUCUGCAGGGGAAGACGCGGAUCUUCCAGCGGUGGGCGUCCGUCGACGUCACCGGAGACGAUAUCUCCGACGGUAUGGCCACCUGCUUGGAGUGGGCGGUGUUCACCGCGGACCUGCUCAACAAUCUGUGGCGGAAGAGGUCGUCGAGACGACGCCCCGUCGCCGACGAGGCAUCCUCGCGGGAGAAGCUCGAUUUGCCGGAGAUCACGGAGAUCCUCGUUGACAUCGUGCAGGUGGCCACCGUGGCGGAGAUGUACAGCAGGCAUUACAAGUCCACCGAGCGCUACAACGACGUCAGCAAGCUCCUCGACUCGCUCAGGAGCGGCUUCGUCGGCCUGCAGGAGCACUUCGCGACGAGCAUCCGCCGUGACGUGCCGGCUUACGUACGGACGAAUCACGCGAGCUACGGAUACAUGCUGCCCUACGUGAUCCGCACGUAUUACGCGGAAUUCAAGCCGGGUGAGAACCCGGUCGAGUACUACGAGAGUUGCCGGGACGAAGGGGAGCGCGACGAGGAGGCGUGCGUGCAGGGACUGCAGGUCUUGAGUGAUUUCUGCACGCCGGCCGAUCUUCCUUCAACGACGGGCAACGUUGUCUGCGCGUUGAUCGCCACGAGGAUCGCGAUGCGGCUGGAGGAGGACGACGGUUCGGCCUGCACCGCUGCGAUGGGGAAGAUCGUGUCGCAGCACAAGGAGGACCCGGCGUCGUUGCUCCUGGACCAGGACGUUUCCGACGUCUCGUGGGAUCGGUUACUCCUGCCGCUGGAGGUCAUAAGGACCCUGAGCACUCUGGUGCAAAGAGCUCCGGCGAGGUUGACGGCCGAGCACUGGGAUUUCACGCUGAUAUCGCUCACGAUGUGGCAGCAGUCGGUCGACAAAUCGAAGCGCAACUACACCGACGUCAGGGUGACGGCGUUGAUAGCGGCGGCGAGUCAGCUGUAUUGCGAGUUGCAGACUCUGAUGAACAAGCACGAACAAGAGCCGAUCCCGGAGCUGCCCCCCGCGCUCCUCGACGAGUGGAAGAACGUAUUCGCCUGGGACGUGCACAGCUCCAUCGCCCGGACCUGGCGGUUCUGCGCCGACCGGCGCAACGAGGACACGCCCGUUAUCAAGUCCACUAUAGUGUUGGAUUACUUGGGGCGAGCGGUCAGCCUGCUCGACAAGAACGUACUCUUCAAGAGGCACGACGGGGAGGCCACACAGACCAUCGACUUCGACGAGACGUUGGAACUGUCCCUGAAACUGUUGCGCUCUCCGGUUCCCAGUAUCCAGCUGGGCGCCUAUCACAUGCUGAAGCACAUGGUGUCGGAGCUUGUCCAGCAGGACAAGGUCCUCGUCGAGUCCGAGAACUUCGAGCCGAGCGGUCUCAACAUCAGGCGACUGGAAGAAGUGCUCUUGAGCACGCAGAAUAUCGUGAACGCGAUGCUCAUUGAGUUCAAAUUAUGCGACACCGUUAGCUGCACGAUUCAACCGUUCACGGACUCUUACACGUACACAUUAGGAUACCUGCUGGCGUGGGCUGUUGUGUUGGAUAUUUGUGCGAACGCUCACGGUGAUUUGCGGUAUCAGUACGCUGAAAUAUUGAAAAACGACCUCUUCCCCAGUCUGUUGAAUAACAUCUUCAAGUUGAUGCCCGUGGAGGUUCUGCAGGAUAACAAAAAUAAGGCUGUAAAGCUGCUGGAGAUCUUCACCACUGCCCCGUCGUUUAAUUUCGGAGAAAAUUGGACCGAGUGGAGAUUGGACCACAUCGUGUGCUGGUUGUACACGAACUGCCUGCGGCACCUGCCGGUGUUAGUUAGACAAUGGUGGAGCACGGCCGACAGCCGAGUCAGCGCAACGAUAGACAAGAUCACGAUUCACUACGUCAGUCCCGUGCUCUGCCAGGAGGAGCUUCUCAACAACAGAUUGGUCAAUAUGGAAAAUAUGCAGGUGAAGGUGCAUCCGACCGCGAGGGAGGUAAUCGCCUUGUACCAAAUGGACGACACCAAGCUGGAAUUAAGUAUCGUGUUACCGGCGAAUCAUCCGUUGGGCACCGUUACGGUGGAGCCCGGCCAACACGCGGGCGGCACGGCAAACUGGCGGAACUGUCAUAUGCAACUAUCUAUAUUCCUCACACAUCAAAACGGCUCUGUUUGGGACGGUCUCAUAAUGUGGAAGCGCAACUUGGAUAAGAAGUUCGCGGGCGUUGAAGAAUGCUACAUAUGCUUCAGUAUUUUCCACAUCAGCACAUACCAGAUACCAAAGUUGUCGUGUCACGCUUGUCGUAAGAAGUUCCAUACUCCUUGUCUGUACAAAUGGUUCAACACGAGUCAAAAGUCCACCUGUCCGAUCUGCAGAAGCGUGUUCUAAUGCAGCCUGGGCUGACAAGUUUUUCUACUUGGUAACGACAUUGAUAGUUAUGAUAAAUUGAGAACGAAUGCGUGUCGGGGUCCUGUAAGAUAACAUUAAUUUAACGAUUCUUGCUGUAAAAAAAGAAGCCGAGUAAGCGCUAGAAUGUAUGAAAGUUCAUCAUAGUAAAGUGAUAUUAGAACGUUCACAGGAAAUAAAUAAACAGCUGCACAAGGUGUCUCUUUGAUUUAGGC